AUGACUAAAGUUCCGUGUGCUCGAACCACUAGAGAAAAAUGGGCAAAAAUUCUUGGCUCGAAAUUUGCCGAAAAUGUGAAGAAAUGCAGCGAUAAAAAAUUGAAUGAUUUUGGUCGAAUUUGUUCGUCACAUUUUCAAGGAGGGCAACGUAUACAACGUGGCCAACUUCCAAUGAAAGAUUGUCAAAAACAAUCUGUUAGUCAAGUGAGUUUGAAUGAUUUGAAAAUUAAUGUUAUUUCACCUCGUAUAUUUUUAGCCAACUCUAAAAAACUACUCGCGAAAAUGUUGUUAUUGUGAAAAAUCGCAAGUCGACGAUCAGUUGACACGAGUUCCGACGAAGGAAAGUGAUCGUGAAAAAUGGAUAGAGAGACUUGGACCACGUUUUGCUGAAAAUUUGGGGAAGUGCAAGUAUGGUGCAAUUUGCAUCUCACAUUUCAAUGGAUUUGUUAGACGUCGAAGAAAUCAAUUACCAAUUCGAAUGGAGGAAGAAGCCGAAAAGGAAAACGAAGAAGACCAGGAGGAACAGGAGAAUGAAGAAGAACAUGAAAUGGAGGUAGAACAAUCGGAUGAGAAUGAAGAAGAAGAUGGAAUGGAACAGGAGGUUGCCGAGAAACAAGAAGAGCAACAAGAAGAGCAAAAUCGAACGGAAGGUUUUAUAGAAAAUGUAUGGCUUUUUAUUGAAAUUUACAAAAUGAAAAAUCAUUUUAAUACAGGAAAACAGAGUCGAAGAAAUACAAGAGACUGGAUCAGUGACAGUGAAAAGAGAGGUCCCGGAAAUAGUGGAAAAUGAGCAGGUUGAGGUAAGUUUUUAUUUUUUCAUUGGAAUUUACAAGAAAACAAAUCAUUUCAAUACAGGAAAACAGAGUCGAAGAAAUACAGGAGACUAGAUCAUUGAGAGUGAAAAGGGAGCAACCGGAAAUUGUGGAAAAUGAGCAGGUUGCGGUAAGUUUUUAUUUUUUCAUUGGAAUUUACAGAAAAAAAAUCAUUUUUAUUACAGGAAAACAGAGUCGAAAAAAUACAGGAGACUAGAUCAUUGAGAGUGAAAAGGGAGGUCCCGGAAAUAGUGGAAAAUGAGCAGGUUGCGGUAAGUUUUUAUUUUUUUCAUUGGAAUUUACAGAAAAAAAAAUCAUUUUUAAUACAGGAAAACAGAGUCGAAAAAAUACAGGAGACUAGAUCAUUGAGAGUGAAAAGAGAGCAACCGGAAAUAGUGGAAAUUGUAAGUUGAACAAUUUAUUAAGAAAAUCCAAUCUAGAUGCAUUUUUCAGAUCAAUAAUCACAUUUGUCGUUAUUGUGAAGCAGGAUUGAACUCUUCAAUCAAAUCAAUCGGAAUUCCAACAAACACCGAAGAGUUCAUCAAAUGGUCGAAAGUUUUCGGCAGAAAGUUUUCGAAUAAUGUUCUCAGAAACCCAAAACCACAUUUCAUUUGUGUGUCUCAUGUUUUCGAGAAAAAUUGGGAAAAUGUUUGA